GGAAACCAUUCUAACUUACAGAUGGCUGCUGUUUAUAUAGCAAAUCUUGCUCAGGAACACUGCUGUGUACUUUGGUGACAGCUAUGCCAGAGACUUGGGCAUUUAUUUACAGAGGGUUGGUGUUGUAAACAAGAACAGUUUCAUCAAAAUGGAGAGCAAUGCUGGUGAUCUCUAUCCAUGUCAAUAUUGCAGAGUGGCAUUUUCAAAUGUUUCCUUUUUGAAGGCACAUUUGAAAUUCAAACAUGGAGGGCAAGAAAUAGCCAAUUGGAGUCUAGCUCUCACUCCUAAAAAUAGUGAAGAUUCUUUCCAACCGUCUAAUUUUUAUCAACAUCUUAUAACUUUUAUGAAAGAAAAGGCUUACAAGUGUGACAGAUGUAAUAAAUGUUUUACAAAGCUUAGCCAAUGGAAGAAACACCUUAGAAAUCACACUGAAAAAAAGCCUAAUGAAUGUGACACAAAGAUUGGCCAUUUAAAAAAUGGUUCAGAAGAAAAGCCUUACAAGUGUGACAUAUGUGGUAAAUAUUAUACAAAGCUUUUCCAAAUAAAAAAGCACCUUAAAACUCAUACAGGAUUAAAGCCUUUUACUUGUGAAACAUGUGGCAAAUGUUUUUUGCAGUUUUCAAGUUUACAGAGACACCUUCUAAUUCAUUCAGGAGAAAAGCCUUACAAGUGUGACACAUGUGGUAAAUGCUUCACACAAUUCUCACAUUUAAAGAGUCACAAUAGAUUUCAUACUGGAGAAAAACCUUUCAAAUGUGGCACAUGUGGUAAAAGUUUCACAGAAUCUAACAGUUUACUGAGACAUCACAGAGUUCAUACAGGAGAAAAGCCUUUCAACUGUGACAAAUGUGGUAAAUAUUUUAAAGAUUCAUCACACUUACGGAAACACAUCAGAAUUCAUAAUGGAAUAAAACCUUACAAGUGUGACCUUUGUGGUAAAUGUUUCACAGCUUUUUGGGAUUUAAAGAAACAUGUUACAAGUCAUUCAGGAGAAAGGCCUUUCAAUUGUGUCAAAUGUGGUAGAUGGUUUAAGGAUUGUGAAUACCUAAAGAAACAUGUUAAAAUUCAUUCAGAUGAUAAGCCUUACAAAUGUAACAACUGUGAUAAAAGUUUUUCACAGCUUAAUCAAUUAAAGAUACACCUUCAAAAUCAAAACUAUGAAAAGUCUUCCCAGUGUGACAAAUGUGGUAAAUGUUUCACAACAAGUCAUUCUUUAAACAGCCACCUUAGAUUUCACGCAGGUGAAUUACCAUACAGAUGUGACAAAUGUGGUAAAUCUUUUGUAUUGAAGAGCACAUUACAAAACCACUUUAGAAUUCAUGCUAAACCUCAUAAGUGUGACAAAUGUGGCAAAGGCUUCAUGAAGCUCUUAAAGUUUCAGAAACACUGUAGAAUUCAUACAUGUGAAAAGCCUUGCAAGUGUGGUAAAUGUAAUAAAUGUUUUACACAAAGUAAAACUUUACAGAAAUACAAUGCAAUCCAUACUGGUGAAAAGCCUUACAUGUGUGAAAAAUGUGGUAAAUGUUUUGCAUUAUCGUCCAUUUUACAGUCACACAAUAGAAUUCAUACAGGAGAAAAGCCUUACAAAUGUGUCACUUGUAGUAAAUGUUUCACAUUUUCCUCUGGUUUAAAGAACCACAAUGUAAUUCACACAGGAGAAAAGCCUUACAAGUGUAUCAUUUGUGGGAAAUGUUUCACACAGCUUGCAAGUUUAAAGAGGCACCAUAGAUAUCAUACUGGAGAAAAACCUUACAAGUGUACCACAUUCGGUCAAAGUUUCACAGAAUCUAACAGUUUACUGAGACACCACAGAGUUCAUACAGGAGAAAAGCCUUUCAAGUGUGACAAAUGUGGUAAAUAUUACAAAGAUGCAUCAAGCUUACGGACACACUUAAGGAUUCAUACUGGAAUAAAACCUUAUAAGUGUGACACAUGUGGUAAAGUUUUCACAAAAUUUUGUUAUUUAAAGAGACACCUUAAAAUUCAUACAAGAGAAAAGACUUACAAGUGUGACAACUGUGAUAAAAGUUUUUUACAGCUUACUAGCUUAAAGAGACACCUUAGAAAUCAAAACUCAGAAAAGACUUACAAGUGUGAGAAAUGUUGCAAAUGUUUCACAACAAGUCAUUCUUUAAAUAACCACCUUAGAAUUCAUACAGUUAAAUUACCAUACAGUUGUGACAAAUGUGGUGAAUCAUUUGCAUUGAAGAGCACUCUACAGAUCCACUUUAGAAUUCAUGCUAAAACUUAUAUGUGUGACAAAUGUGGCAAAUGCUUUAUGGAGCUCUCAAAAUUUCAGGAACACUGUAUAAUUCAUACAUCUGUAAAGCCUCACAAGUGUGGCAAAUGUGGUAAAUGUUUCAAACAAAAAAAAACUUUACGGAAACACCAAGCAAUCCAUACUGGUGAAAAGCCUUACAUGUGUGAAAAAUGUGGUAAAUGUUUUAAACUCCUGGACUAUUUACAGAACCACUGUAAAAUUCAUAAAAGAGAAAAGCCUUACAGGUGUGAUAAGUGUGGUAAAUGUUUUGUAAGCCUGACAAGUUUACAGUGCCACUAUAAAAUUCAUACAGAAAUAAAGCCUUACAGGUGUGAUAAGUGUGGUAAAUGUUUUGCAUUCUUGUCCAUUUUACAGGCACACAAUAGAACUCAUACAGGAGAAAAGCCUUACAAGUGUGUCAAUUGUGGGAGAUGUUUCUUAUAUUCCUCAGGUUUAAAGAACCAUUAUAGAAUUCAUACAGGUGAAAAGCCUUACAAGUGUGUCACUUGUGGUAAAUGCUUCAGACAUAUCUCAGGUUUAAAGAACCACCAUAAAAUGCACACAGGAAAAAAUAUUAAUAAGUGUGAAGAAUGUGGUAAAUGUUUCUUGCAAUUUUCCACUUUACUGAAACACCAAAAUUUUCAUAAAAAAGAAAGGCCGUACAGAUGUGACAUAUGUGGUUCUCGUUUUGGACGACGGAGCACUUUAAGAAAUCACCUUAGAACUCAUACUGGAGAAAAACCUUACAAGUGUGACAAAUGUGGUAGAUGUUUCACACGGGCUUCCAAUUUACGGAUACACCAUAAAAUUCAUACUAGUGAAAAACCUUACAAGUGUGACAAUUGUGGCAAAUUGUUUAGGGAACUUAGGUAUAUCACAAGACACAUGAGAAUUCAUACAGAAGAAAAACAAGUGUGGUAAAUAAGGUACAAGUUUUUCUGAUCUUUCACAAUUUUCCAACCAGCAAAGAGAAUCCACAACUGAAAUUAUCUUUUGAGAUAAGCAUCACCUCCAUCACUAAUUUCAUUGCUCCAAGUUUAAUUCUUGUUAUUUG